CGGUCUCCAGAGGCGUCCGGCGCGGGUUCCCGGGUUCCAGUUGGCUCGGUCUCCUCAGCUGUCAUGAAGCGGAAAGGCCCGGAGGAGAAGGAGGCGUGCGGCGUGUGGCUCGACGCGGCGGCGCUGAAGAGGCAGAAAGUGCAGACACAUUUAAUCAAACCAGGCACCAAAAUGCUAACACUCUUUCCUGGAGAGAGAAAGCCUAGUGUUUCCUUUACUCAAAGAAAAAGUCCGUCUGUAGAGGUUCGGCAGACCAGCAUUGCUUCCUUCUUCACCUCGCAGCCAGGAAUGACAGAUGGUGGCAACCAGAGGAGUGUUUCAUCUCACAUAGAAAGUCACAUCAACAAAGAGUCCAAGUCCAAGACAGAUACAACCCAGCCAGACCAUUUGAUCCAGGACUUGAGGGAUAAUGACAUUACACCUCCUUUGGCCACUUCAACCCCUGCAGAUAUCCAGGAAACUGCACUUUCUCCUCUAUCCUUGCAGACUUCUGGCCACCACAGUUUGGGAACCCCAUUUUUAACUCUGCUGCCUUUGCCCCAACCUGCCACCCUUGUCUCUGCUGGUGAGAAUGAUGCUUCACUGGCUUUUUCCUUCACCCAGGACUUGGAAAGUUCUUGUUUGCUGGACCCAAAGGAAGGAAAGAGGGAUUCUCUCAGGAAAAGGAAAUGGCUUCUUGGAUCUAAGAACUAUCAGGACCUGGAGAGAGACAUCAAAGUACCUGGGGGCAAAUGCCAUCAGCUCUUGGACAAAGCUAAAUUGGAAAGGAAGAUGUCUGCCAAAGAAAACAGGCAGGCCCCUGUGUGUCUUCAAACUUCCAGGGAGUCCUGGAGUACAGAAAAAACAGAAUCAGUGAAACAAAGCCCUUGUCUCCUUUCUGGGUUUUCCUGGGAGAGUGAGAAGAUUGAUAAGGAUUCCUUGAGUCAGCUUUUCACUGAAGAUUCUCAGGGACAGCGAGUCAUUGCCCAUGACACUAGAGUGCCUUUCCAAGAUUUAACCAGUGCCUGGAAUCGGGGCCCAGGGCAGUUUCCCACCAGCUCUCCAGCUCAGUGCCAGGAUGGGACCAUUCAGUUCAAUCUGGAGCCUGACUUGCUCUUUACCCAGGAUUCUGAAGGGAAUCAAGUUAUCAGGCACCAAUUCUAAAUGUUUAUGAGGGUUUGGUUCUAAAAGCACCUUGAAAUGGCAGUGUUGUAGAAAAAUAUCUUAUAAAUGUGGAUGAGGGGAGUAUGGAUUUAGGUGGGAAAGUAUCGUGGGAUUAAUUAAACUGUUAGUGUUGAGUAAUUUCUUUGUAAAUAAAGCAGGUUGAGUGUUGA